AUGCCUUCCAAGAUUCAAGCCGCUGCUCUCCUUGGCGCCCUCGCCGCUUCCGUCAACGCCCACGGUCGUCUUGCUGCCAUCAAGGUUGCCGGUGAGGACUUCACCUCCUACGACCCUUCCUUCCAGUACCAGAAGCCUGCCCCGGAGGUCAUUGAAUGGUCCUGCCCCGAGUGCCUUGACAAUGGUUUCGUGUCUCCUGACAUGUACACCGACGCCAGCCAGAUUGCCUGCCACAAGGACGCCACUGCCGGCGCAAAGGUAGCAAAGGUGGCUGCAGGAGGCAAGAUCGACAUUUCCUGGACCACCUGGCCCGAGUCCCACGUCGGACCCGUCAUCGACUACAUGGCCAAGGUGCCCGAUGCGACUGCCGCAAAGGCCGGUGACCUCGAGUUCUUCAAGAUCGCUGCUGCCGGUUUCGACGGCGGCAAGUGGGCUGCUACCAAGCUCAUUGCCAACAACAACACCUGGUCCGUCACUGUCCCCGAGAGCAUCGCUCCCGGCCAGUACGUCCUCCGCCACGAAAUCAUCGCCCUUCACUCUGCUGGCGAUGUCAACGGCGCGCAAAAUUACCCCAAGUGCAUCAACCUUGAGGUCACUGGCUCCGGUACCGCCACCCCCAAGGGCACCCCAGCCAACAAGCUCUACACUCCCACCGACCCCGGCAUCAAGGUCAGCGUCUACGGUGACAACUCAAAGUACCAGAUGCCCGGUCCCGCCCUUUUCUCCGGUGCGGGUGGUGCCGGCUCUGGCGCUGGCUCUGAGACUCCUUCCGGCUCAAACUCGUCGGCUCCUGCUGCUACCACCAGCGCCGCUGCCGUCGCCGUUUCUUCCAGCGCCGCCGCUUCUCCCACUCCUGUCGCUGACUCUCCUUCCGGCGGCGACGCACCUGCUCAGACUGGUAGCCCCAGCAGCGGCGGUGCGCUUCCCAAGGAGUUCACCAUUGACACCUUCAUCUCUUGGCUCGAGGAGAAGGCUGGCGGCAAGAGCAGCCAGAAGGUUCGCCGUCACCCCCGCGCUUUCCGCAACUAG